AUGAUAGUAAUAUCAUAUGUGGUUGAUACACAUGUUGAUAACAUAGUCGAUGAUGUUUCUAGUGAUCAAUGUGUAACCAAUACUGAGUUAUCUCCCUAUGCUUCUGAAUUUGUGUCCUUUGUGGAAUAUUCUGUUGAUAAUAUUAAACUUGAUAGUGAUAGUGAAAAUAAUCAAAAUUCGGAGGAUCCAAGUGUUAUUUGUGUUAAAUCUCCUCAAUGUGAUAAAUCAAUAUCUCACAGUGAAAAUUUAGAAACUGAGAAUAAUAUUAAUGUUUCGGAUAAUAUUCCUAGUGAUAAUCUCACAUCAGACGAUUUGUUUUCGAAUUUGCCUCCUGAAUCCCUUCGAAAAUCUCAACGGAAUAGGAAACCUACUCAGGCGAUGUUUUCUUUUCCUCGUCAAUCAUCUUUCUCCUGGGCCAUUCUGCAAGUUGACCCACCAAGUUAA